AUGGCCCGCCAAGCACACGCAUAUCACAUGGUCGACCCCAGCCCCUGACCCCUAACCGGUGCAGUAGCUGCCCUCCUGAUGACAUCAGGACUUGCAGUCUGAUUCCACUUUAACUCCACAGUACUUAUAACAAUAGGACUCGCCUUGCUUCUCUUAACCAUGUACCAAUGAUGACGAGACAUUAUUCGAGAAGGCACAUUUCAAGGACACCAUACACCCCCUGUCCAAAAAGGACUCCGAUAUGGAAUAAUUUUAUUUAUCACCUCAGAAGUUUUCUUCUUUCUAGGCUUUUUCUGAGCAUUCUACCACUCGAGCUUGGCACCCACACCAGAGCUAGGGGGAUGCUGACCUCCCACCGGCAUCAUCCCACUAGACCCCUUUGAAGUACCACUACUCAACACAGCAGUACUACUAGCCUCCGGCGUUACAGUCACCUGAGCCCACCACAGCAUCAUAGAACGUGAACGCAAACAAACCAUCCAAGCUCUGACCCUGACCAUCCUGCUAGGGUUCUACUUUACAGCCCUGCAAGCGAUAGAAUACUACGAAGCCCCAUUCACCAUCGCCGACGGAGUGUACGGCUCCACCUUCUUCGUCGCAACAGGAUUUCAUGGACUCCACGUCAUCAUCGGCUCCACUUUCUUAGCGGUAUGUCUUCUCCGACAAAUCCAGUACCACUUUACAUCUGAACACCACUUCGGAUUCGAAGCUGCCGCAUGAUACUGACAUUUUGUAGAUGUAGUAUGACUAUUCCUCUACGUCUCUAUCUAUUGAUGAGGAUCAUA